UUUUUUUUUACUCACCCAAAGCCUGUUCCUGUUCCUGUUGCUGGUUCAAAGCUGUAGUGUAAACCUGCCCUUGGUCAAUUCUAUCUUUAAUCCAUGCUUUUUAACCCCAUGGAAGCGGGCUGUCGACAUAUCAUCCCACCAUUCAAAUAAAAAUGCAGUGCGUCGAACAUUUCUUCCAAGACUUCCAAGAAUCCAUACCCAACAAUCCACGGUUUUACGGCUGUGCCAGUAUGAAUCAUCAUCUGCAGUUGCAUCCGUACAACUCUAGAUGAAUUCGACUUAUUUCGUCGAUCGUCUGUCUUGUUGAGGCUGGUCAAUAGCCUACAUAUAACAACUAUAUCAAUCUACCUAAUCAAUCUACCUACUUUACUUACUUACCUAUCUUCCACACAAUUCGUAUUGUUCUGAAUGUCGCUUUAUUUUUGUGACGCAGCGGCUCCAGUCGUUGUCCAUUUGCGAGUGACGCAGUCAUCAACUAUCCCCUGAACGUUGUAGGAUCGACCAUCUAUCUAUUAUCUAUCUAUUCCAUAAUACAAUUUGCGCUUUUAUUUCCGCAACGAAUCUCUUGAUUCAAUUCAACGUGUUCGCAUUAUCUCUCACGCUCUGACUGCUUCCGAUUCGCUUCUCUUUUCGAUGCUUUUCCACUCGUCAUCGACGCUUCUUAUGAACAAGUAGAGAUGGCGAGCUUAAAGCCUGACGACGACAGUAAACCCACCGCGACCCCCGCGACCCACGCAACCCACGCAACUUCUAACGAUACACCUCAUCAUCCCAAGCCGCAAUCCCAGCCAACUUCGCCAACUUCGCCAUCGCAGUCGAAGGCGAAGGCGAAGGCGUCGGAACCUGAUGGCAAAGAAUAUUAUGGCUAUCUGUUUAAUGGGAAAUUACCGACUCCUAUACUCGAUGCGCUACUCCGCGCUAUCGGAGAAUACAUCUCUGCCAAUAUUGGCGAUACCAAUGAUCAUGCUCUAACCCCGACAAAAUUAGCCGCCUUUUAUCGUGCUGUCGGUGGUGAUUAUGACCAGCUCUUUCUACACUGCCCCUAUAAGUCCAUAUCUUAUAUUUGGCAAGCUCUGGGCGUCCAGCAUACCUUACAACCGACUGAGAACCCCUUCGAAGCACCCGCUAUUCCGGCCUUAACAUUGAAUGGGUUCGUACGAUGGCAGACAAUCCAGCUUCUCCUGGAACCCCAAGAACAUGUGCCAUUCAUGCAAUUCGCUGUGCGCAACUGGGCCUUAGUACACCCCGACACCGGAAGACCCUUUCCAGCUGAUCUACCAGCAGAGGCCUUUCCAGCCGAAUGCGAUCCCGAGACAGAUGCUUGGCAUAAGGAAUGCGCGCGAAAGCUACGGGAAGACGCUACUCCUAAAGAUGAACAUCCACCUAGACGGCGUGACUCUGAACCCCGGAUUCAUACCACUUUCACGCAUGUGCGAAACCCGCAAAGCAACACUUCCACGCCUCGUCAAAGACCGGAAAUGGAUUAUUUUCAAAGAGAACGGCCCGUCUCAUAUGCCCAUGUGUCGAGAAGUAAUUACGCCGAUCCCUAUUUUUCCAGGAACGUACCACCACCAAGACCGCGACGGAUGAGCAGCAGCAACAGUGGCAGCAGUUCUCUUGGUGGUAGCAGUAGUAGUUCACCGGAUCGGCCGCCUCGACGUCCAAGCUUUUCAGAGGUUCGCCGUUCCGAGAUGGAUGAUCCCCGUCCUUCAAGCCAUCUUGAUCCUCGCCGUCCGCAUCUUCCACGUCGCCAUGGCCAUUCGAAACCCUAUUCCGCCUCGCAAUCAGAUUCCGACUCCGACGUACCGCCUCGUGCCAGCUCCAAGUCGCGAGUACAUGGUCCUAUACCGGCUCCCCCUAUCAUUCGCCGUGUGCCAGUUGUGGCUCCUAUAACGCCACCUAUUCCGAUUCGUUCCCAUCGUAGCGAGAUACGGCCGGAUGUACGGUCAGAUGAUGUUCACAGAAGAAGCUUGCCAUCGGAGAUAAAGCAGAAAGUUACCUCCUUCCUUUCCGGAUCCUCUGAGCGGCAACGAAGCAAUUCUCGUGAGAAGCGUCACCCACCAAAUGUUGCGCCGGCCGUGCGCUUUCGGAGAGAGCAUCCGUCACGACUCAGCCGAAGCGUUUCCGGGGAGUCAUAUCCCAGCGACGAGUCUGAAGCAGGGGUCUCUAAAUAUCCAGUACGACGUGACCGCGAGCAUGGGAGGAUCCGCGAUCGAGUCAUUGAAAAGGAACUCCUGAGAGAGCGUGAACGAGAAGAAGAGAUAGAGAGGAGAAGAAGUCGAGAAAGGGCAUAUCUGCGACCAGCGGAGCUUAGAAGAGUGAGCAGCCAUGCCGAUAUUGAGAGGAGAAAUAGAGACUACACCUGGGAUCGUAGGGAUAGGGAUCGAGAUUCCGAUUUUGAUUGGGAUGGGAGGAGAGUUGUUACGGCUGACGAAAGGGACUCGCGAGACCGAAGGCGGUAUAAAGAUCGGAGGCAGAGCCCUAUAACAACGGGUGUUGGCGGCAGGAGGUAUCCCGGAGAACCGGGUUGGAAAUAGAUUGGGUGUAUCAGGUAUGGGAUAAGGGAGUAUCUUGGAGUUCAGGACAUCGAUAUACCCCGUUCCUGGAAGCAAGCCGAAGCGAUUUACGUAGACGGGAUAAGUUAAAAUGGGCGGUGCUUUUGUUAAUGAUAGCGUGGCGCAUACAAUAAUCUUUAUCGGGAAGGGGGACUAAGAGUAGAUAAAUACUCGACGACUCGCUGUUUCGGCAACUGUAGUCAUAGAAUAUAUGAGGUUAUGAAUUUUAAUAUACAUAACUUGGUUAG